AUGUCUGAGGCAGAGCAACUUAUAGCAAAGGCUGACAAGAAAUGCGCCCCGGUUAGUGGGUUUGCCUCAUUUUUUUCCGGCUCAGGAUCCUAUAGGUUCGAGGAAGCUGCUGACUUGUACACUCAAGCGGCAAAUCUGUACAGAAUUCAAAGAAAGAGCAAUAAAGCCGGCCAUGUUUUCGAAAAAGCUGCAGAUGCUCAAAUUAAAGCUGAUUCCAAAGAUGAGGCUGCUAAUUCAUUGAUUGAAGCCUACAAGUGUUACAAACUGGAUGCACCAUCAGACGCGGCCAGAUGUCUCAACAAGGCAGUCGAGUUUUUUGCCCUGAAGGGCCAGUUCCGAAGAGGAGCUAACUUCAAGGCUGAACUAGCAGAAUUAUAUGAAACUAAAAUGGCAGACCCUAAGCACGCUAUUUUGGCCUAUGAAGAAGCAGGCGAGUGGUACAGGGGAGACUCCGCAGAGGCUCUAGCCAACAAAUGCUACGUUAAAGCUGCCGAUUUGUCAUGUUCAGAUGAAGUACAAGAUUUUUUGAAAGCAGCUGAAAGCUAUGAGAGAAUUGCCAAGGAGUCGUUGAACAAUUCGUUAGCCAAGUGGUCUCUGAAAGAUUAUUUUUUUAAGGCCAUCCUAUGUCGUCUAGCCUUGAAUGAUUACCCUAGUGCCUCUGCAUUGUUAGAGAGGUUUGUUUCCUGGGACCCAACGUUUGAGAAAACGAGGGAAUAUGAAUUUGCUCUUAAAUUGGUUGAUGGUCUCAAAGAAGGUGAUCCAGAUAUAAUAGCUUCUGCUUCCCAUGAAUACGACCAAAUCAGUAGGCUGGAUAACUUCAAAGUGAAAAUCUUGAACAAAAUAAAGAACAACAUUAGAGACUCUGAUGACUUGGCUGAAGAUGAUUUAACCUAG